GCCCAUAAUCAGUCACUAGCUACAUUCACUGGUGGCCAAGCAGACAACCUUUGUUGGUGGAAAAACCUUCCAAUCAAUUCUGAAAUCCACCCACUCAAGGCCUUCUCUGUGACAAUCCUCUCAAUCACAGGGCAUGCAGGUGAAGUAGAGCACACAUUCUGUGAUCUCAGCACAAUACAAUCUGGAUUCUGCACAAUAGUGUAA